CCGAGGCACAAACAUUACUGUAGCUGCAGCACCACUCCCCAUCCUCAGCACACAUCACCCACAGAGAGAGAGCCAGAGACAAGGAGAGGAGGAAGGUUGCCAGCCAUGGGGAACCUCAUUAAGGUCCUUGGCAAGGAUUUAGAGAACUGUCCGCAUUUUUUCCUGGACUUUGAAAAUGCCCAGCCCACGGAGGCAGAGACAGCUGUGUGGAACCAGGUCAGCGCUGUGCUGGAAGAGGCUCAUGGGAUACUGGCCGAGCUGCAGUCCUACAACGGAGCGGGCCAGGAGAUACGAGAAGCCAUCCAGAAUCCAGGCGACUUGGCCCUCCAGGAGAAGGCCUGGAACGCAGUCUGCCCCCUGGUGGCUAAACUGAAGCGCUUCUACGAGUUCUCCCUAAGACUGGAGAACGCCCUACGGAGCCUGCUGGAGGCGCUCACGAGCCCCCCCUACGCCCCCAUGCAGCACCUGGAGCGAGAGCAGGCCCUGGCCAAGCAGUUUGCUGAGAUCCUGCACUUCACGCUCAGCUUUGAUGAGUUAAAGAUGACAAACCCGGCCAUACAGAAUGACUUCAGCUACUACAGGAGGACUAUCAGCAGGAACCGGCUCAACAACCAGCAGUUGGAAGCUGAGAAUGAGGUGAACAACGAGAUGGCCAAUCGAAUGUCUUUGUUCUACGCUGAGGCCACGCCCAUGCUGAAGACUCUGAGCAACGCCACCACCAAGUUUGUUUCAGAGAACAAGACCUUGCCAAUAGAGGACACCACAGACUGCCUGAGCACCAUGGCGUGCGUAUGCCGGGUCAUGCUGGAGACUCCUGAGUAUCGCUGUCGCUUCACCAACACAGACACCAUGCUCUUCUGUAUGAGGGUGAUGGUGGGAGUCAUCAUCCUCUACGACCACGUCCACCCCGUCGGGGCCUUCGCCAAGACCUCCAAAAUUGACAUGAAGGGCUGCAUCAAGGUGCUGAAAGAGCAGCCAUCCAACAGCGUGGAGGGACUCCUGAACGCACUGAGGUACACAACAAGACAUCUAAACGAUGACAGCACCUCCAAACAAAUCAGGGCCCUCCUGCAAUGAGUGAUGGAGAGGAGGAGGAGGAGGAGGUGGAGGAGGAGGAGGGGUAACAGGAGGUGCAGAAGGAGAAGGAGCUAAGGCUAGCACCAAUGGCUGACACCCUGAUUGUUUACAGCAAAAAGGAAGGAGGAAAAAAAUAUCUAAAUGAUCCCCAGGUUGAAAAAAAUAGUUAAUACAGACCUGAUGAUAAAAGGAGGAAAAGGAAAUAAUUAUAUAUAUUUAUUGUCAGCUGUCCAUCAUUCUGUCUCUCAUUUUGUAAAACAGAAAACGCCAGAAAAGAAAAACUAUAAAUAUAUAUUAGAAAAGUGCAAGGCAGGGGAACACGCAAGAUGAAAAUAGGUAGGAUCUAAGAAUGAAAAGGAAGCUAUACUGCAACAUGUAAAAUAUAAUGAAAAGGUCAGAGUCACAGACAAACUACACUUUACAUAUUUUUAAAAACAAUAAAACGGUCAUAUUGCAAUGGUAGUCCGAGGAGUAUUUUUGCACAGUUGAAAACAAAACCACAAAACAAAACCCACGAGAUAUUGAGGUCGGGCGAGCAUUCCGAACUUUUUGCCUUGCCCGCUUCCCUCAACGAGUGGGCCACGAACGGCAGGUUUGGAACGCAGCCACAGUCUCCCCUCUCGUCCGUCUCCUCCCCGUCUCUCUUGAUCUCCCUCGGUCUUCAGAGCUCAUCCAGGUGAACGUGAAAGCAAUGUGAAGGACGAUGUCCGGAGAUGUGCUUCCACCGGCCGUCAUCUUAUAUCUUCGUACAACCAACAAAAGGUUAACAAAAUCCUUGACGGUACGGAGAGGGCGAGAAAAAGCGUACUACUUUUUAUUUUCAAAACGCAUCUUGUUUUCCAUGCACAGCGCCUCUUCCUCGUCGUGUCUCUCGCUUGUUUCGUGGCCCGGGAAGAAGCAGUUAGCCGCGUGGUCCAUUGCUCUAUCGCUAUACCUAAAGCUAUCUAGUGCUAAACAUCACCGGAAGUCGUUCUUGGGCUCUGUUACCUUGAAUCAUCAUUCUCUCGCUCUCUUCCCAUGGUGCUAUGGUGGUUAAUGCCCAUUAAUAAUAGCUCAUCAGAAAUCGUUUGGCGUUAAUAGCAGUGAGAGGCAAUUUCAUCCAUCUGUGCUGAUUUAUUGAAUGUGGGGAAAUCACUUGUCUGCAUAAGUGGCUGUCAGUGUCACACUCCCUUUUGGCUUUUAGUGCGUUCUGGGAUUUCAGGGCAGACAUGCUAAUACUAUUCACCCUGUUACCCUCUUUGGCGGUGACUAGGCCUACUACUCAACAUGUCCAUUUGGAGUUGCGUUUCGAUCCCUGGAUGCUGAUUUACCCGUCCCUCGAAGCCAUCAAGGCCAAAACAAGGCCUGCAUGAUGGCGUACAGAUCUCCCUUGAGUCAGUAGUUGGAAUGAGGGAAAUUUAAAGUUCGGCUUCUUGGCUGAAUUAGAAAGCCCAUUGAGAUGGCGAGAAUCGAUAUGCUGAGGACCAAUCAGCAAGAACCGGCCUGUGAGCCAAUCGGAACACAGCGUCAGUAAUUAAGAGACGGGGGGACAACCAGACCUUAGCGGGGACAGCAGAGAAUGUUGCACUGGGACAAACCAACAGCACCCACACUAGGCCUACUUCAUGCGGUGCCAAAGCGGAUUCGUCAACACUCUGACAUGCCCGGGGAGUGAAGGGUGGGGGUGGUCAGGAUAAAUAAAAACCGCUGACACACGCAAUGUCUCACGAACGCACGCACGCAAACAAAGGAGAGAUGGCUGCGUUGGAGAACAGAGAGGUGCUUCCGUCAGACAUUACUAGUCACACCCGACAGGAGAGGGGGCGAUUGUCCACAAGUAAAACAAAAAACAAACUAAAAGAUUGUUUUCACACAAGGUUGAUGAAGAAUUAAGAAAAGUGAUUGAAUAAAUGUUUAUUUAAAAAGCUAAUGAAAAAAAAAAGUUUCAGAGAAAAAUUUAAAACAAGUGCUGUACUUUGGAUGUCUAUAGCCCUUAGUCUGACUUCAUUUGAUCUUGAAAUAUAUUUUCUAUACAGGGGUAUGUGCACAAGCAUAUUCUGUAUAAAUAUAUAGAUGGCAUGUUGUAAAAGUUCUGACAAAAUGUGUAAAUAAGGUGUUUUUAUUCAUUUUUAAUUGUUCAGUGACGCUGAAAUUGGGUAUGUGUUGUCUCUCAGAAAAUCCCAUGCGUUUGGCUUGGACCACCAUCAGAUUUGCCAUAGUUUUUGGUUUCAGAAUUCCAAUGUAAUAAUGGUCAAUGGAAUUGCAGGGGGGAGGGGGGGGGCAGUCCAUUUGCUUGUUAUUUUGUACAUUUUGUGCAACAAUAAACUUGUCAUUUAUUACAUUCAACCAAUGAUGUUGUCCUGUUUUUGCUACAGCAAUAAGAGCUGUAGUAGCAUAGCAAUAUGAUAUAUGCAUUGUUCCGUCCACACCAACAGCACGAUGAAGGAGUGUCAGAGAAUAUAAUGGAAUCAUUGGAAACAGGUGGUUUCCUUUUUAGAAUGUAUGAUUCUU